AUGUACGGCCGCAGAUCCGGAGGUUCUGGGAAAACGCUAGAAGCUAAUAUAGUGUAUGUCUGCAGUGAGGAUGUGCGUACGCUGGGCGAGGGGGCGGCGGUGGCGGUGGCGGCUGGCGAGCGGGCGGAGUGCGCCUGCGCCGCCUGGCCGCGCCGCCAGCCCGCGCCCCACGAGAUACUGAGACCUAAGCCGAGAAGGUACGCUCUUUCAAUACUUCACAUU